AUGAUCAACCCGCAAAAUAUAAGUGCUAUUACUUUAAGAACGGGUAAGCAAGUACAAGGCCCUGAAGGAGUCCAAGAGGAUGAAGAUAAGAAGAAAGAAGAAGAACAAGUUGAUGACAGUGGAGGACCAAAUGAACCAUCACCUGAGACUACCACUGAAAAAUCCAGGUUAGUACCUCCUAACUCUUCUUCUAAAAAUUCUUCUUCAUCUUAUUCUCCACCUCCUCCAUAUCCCAAUCGGUUGAAGCCGAGAAACAAAAAAAUGAAGGAGUUAGACCAAGAGAUCUUGAAUACUUUCAAAAAGGUGGAGAUCAACAUUCCCUUGCUAGAUGUUGUUAAGCAAAUCCCCAAAUACGCCAAGUUUUUGAAAGAAAUUUGCACAAAUAGAAGGCAUUUUAGGGAUAAUGAGGUUGUGAAUUUGGGAAGAAAUGUGUCAAGCAUGAUUAAGAAACAUAUUGAAAUACCACGAAAAUGCAAGGAUCCAUGUAUGUUUUCUAUUCCUUGUGUUAUUGGGAAUUCAAAGUUUAACAAUGCCAUGCUAGAUUUAGGGGCUUCGAUUAAUGUAAUGCCUUUAUCAGUGUUUACUUCUCUAUCUUUGGGACCUCUUAAGACUACUGGUGUGGUCAUUCAACUGGCCAACCGUAGCACAAUUAACCCUGCAGGUGUGCUUGAGGACGUGCUUGUCCAAGUAGACAAGUUAGUUUUUCCUGCAGAUUUUUAUAUCUUGGACAUGAAGGAUGAUGAAGGAAUCAGUCCAAAAACUAUUAUCUUGGGAAGACCCUUCAUGAUGACAGCACAAACCAAGAUAGAUGUGCAUGCAGGAUCAUUGACAUUGGAGAUAGGAGACGAGAAAGUGCACUUCAACGUGUUGGAAUCUGGGAAGCAUCCGAUUAAAGAUCAUUCUUUGUUUUGUAUUAACUUAUCAAGUGAUGCUAAACCAAUGAGACAACCUCAAGGAAGACUGAAUUCUCAACUGAUGGGGGUUGUAAAGAAAANGGACACCAAGCUGCUACAAACAGGUAUUAUAGACCAUAAUUCUGACAGCAUUUGGGCGGGCCCUAUACAUGUGGUUCUGAAGAAAGGUGGAAUCACAAUGGUCAAGGACGAGAAGGACAAGUUGACUCCUAUUCAAGACAGAAGUGGAGCACAUGAUUUAGUAGUUGACCAUCUUACACUUUUGAUGAAAAUGAAGAAUUAG